AUCGCGCGGUUGCUCCUCGACUCUUCCCUCGUCUCUCCCCUGUCCGGCCGACCCCCUGUCCUCUCCCCCUCCGCUCCGCCCCCACUCCCCUCCCCUCCGGCGAGAGGCGAACCGAAUCCAUGGGGAGCUCCUCCAACACCAACACGAGCGGUGGCGGCAGCGACAAGGAGGACAAGAAGGAGGACAAGGGCAAAGGCAAGGACUCGGCGGAGCCAUCCUUCAAGGAGGGCGACAGGGUCCUCGCCUACCACGGCCCCCUCCUUUACGAGGCCAAGGUUCAAAGAAUCGAAAAUCUGGACGAUGAAUGGCGCUACUUCGUCCAUUAUCUGGGCUGGAAUAAGAACUGGGAUGAAUGGGUCGCAAACGACCGCUUAUUGAAGUUGACGGAGGAAAAUAUCCGCAAACAACAAGAGCUUGAAAAGAACCAGGUUGUUGACAAAUCAAUCAAGUCUGGACGGUCGACACAGCAUAAACUGAAAGGCUCCAAUGAAGCAAAAGCUGAUAAAGACGACACGAAGAGUCUUGUCAAGGGGAAGAAACGCAAGAGUCAGCCUGGGACUGAGGAAAAGGACAGAAGAUCAUCAGAGAGUCUCCUAGUGUCACAGUUUCCUUUGACACUGAAGAAGCAACUUGUGGAUGAUUGGGAGUAUGUCACACAGCUGGGUAAGCUUGUAAAACUACCACGGUCUCCUACUGUUGAUGAAAUUCUAAAGAAAUAUUUGGAGCACCGGGCAAAGAAGGAUAGCAAGAUAAAUGACUCCUAUGCUGAGAUUUUGAAAGGAUUACGCUGCUACUUUGAUAAAGCAUUGCCCGCAAUGCUUUUGUAUAAGAAAGAGCGAGAUCAGUAUACUGAAGAAGUUAAAGGUGACGUCUCACCCUCAACUGUAUAUGGAGCUGAGCAUCUAUUGCGUCUUUUUGGUGUGAUUGAUGAUGUGUGGGUGGGUUUGCAACUGUGCAUAGAUCACAUCCCCUUCCUCUAUAUGAACGAUGGAGCAGUCCUUCAUUUUUGUGAAAUUGCCGGAGUUACUUGCUUUUGUCAAUAUGGAAGAAGAUGCGCUGAACAAACUACAGCAGAAAUUGCUGGACAUUCUCAAGUUUCUUCAGAAGAAUCAGAGCACCUUCUUUGUCUCUGUGUAUGAUGGUAACCGUAAAGGUGCUGAUGGAUCAAAAUCCAAAUGAUGGAUCUGAAUGUUUUAUUAUGUAACAUCUUUUGCUGGACUUGUUGCGUAGGUUUUAGUCUGGCAUUGUUGUUUGUUAUGGGUGUCAUUUAGGACUCUGCCAUAUGGACAGCAUUGACUAGUGUGCACUCAAAGUUGUAGGAUAGCUUCUGUAGAUGUGUGAAAUAUGGUGCUUGAACUGCCCUAUGCAUGUUGUAUUUUCUUGAGAUGUUGGGAACUAAGAUGGCUGAGUUGAAUUGUUGUUUUGAAGGUGGCGAAGGAGACUGAUGGAAAGUCCUCCAUCCCUAUAAUGUUAUAUAGGGAUAGGGUUGUAUUAGUAUGGUCAUUGUAGUGCCACCCUAAACAUGUUUGCAAUGGCGAUUGUUUUUUUAUGCAUCC